CCUGUGGACAAAUUCUAAAAUUAAUUUAAUUAACAAUGGACAACAAAAAGAAACGAGUAAAUACUUACGGUGCAGGGGGAGUCGGAACCCUCAGUACCGGCCCGAAAGGAGGUGAGCCAGCAGGCCUUCCCGGGUCGUCAUCCGAUGACUGUGGCGCACAGGAGGUGGAGCACCAGGCCACUGUGCAAAAAUUGAUGUCUGGUGAAAAACCUGAAAAACCUGAAAAAUCUAGAAACUUGAGAUCGGCUACUGACGUGGAAACAUGGUUUUCUAGUCGACUGAAGAAGGAGACUUUUGGGGGAUCUGGUGAGAUCCGAAGUAUGCAGCCACCGGAAGAGUUGGACAAGACGCUCAUGGAUGAACUGGAUGAUAUAUCGACCUAUACUAUAGAUGACUCGUUGAUAGAAACGACCCCCGUAAAUAUGGAGCAUGAAAGUGUGGUGGAGGAAAAAAUUGAUCUGUUCAUAAGUACGAUGAAUAGUCUGGUACGUUCCUUAGUGGAAGUUAGUACAAUUGUCCUGAAUAUUGAUAAGAAGGUAUUAAGACCAUCGGCCACGACAGCAAUCCAGAAGAUGGACACCUGUGUCGGAAAAAUGGCGGAUGUAAUGGACCAAUUGAGCGUCGCCCGGAAAGCGGACAAAAGGCUAAGAAGAAAGGUAGUACAAUCCGAAAGAGCUAAGGAUGAAGUAGGCAAAGAAGGACUAGGAAGGGGCGUCGCCAAGGAAACGCAGACCUCACCCGGAAUGGAGUUCCCUCCGUUACCCCUGAAUACCGGAAAUAAGAGGAAGGAGAUCUCCCCUGUUUUGGCGAAAGAGGGGAAAAAGACUAAGAGGGUAGAGGCCCCCGCCUCCCUUGGACCUCGUAUUAGGAGAGUUGAGACUGUUAACACAGGCAUAACGGAAGUAGAAGGAAAUAGAGAUUCUAGAGCGGUCGAAUGGGAGCUCGUAAAGAGAAGGAAGAAGAGACCGAUGCCGGGAACUCCAAACCUUGUCCCGGAUACCCCUACCUUUGGUACCCCGGUAAACGAUAAAAAUAACAUGAAAGGGACGAUAAAACGUAAACGCAUAAAACCGCAAGCUAUUGCGAUCAGAUUCGAGGCAGGAACAUCCUUUUCUGAAAUCCUUAAAAGAGUUAAGAGGACGGCAGGACCCUCGCCAGAAGGAAUAAAGGGUGUCCGACAGACAAGGGCGGGCAACCUUUUACUUGAAUUCUCCCCAAAUGCGGACGUAGAGGCUUUUAAAAAGACUAUUGAGGGCAAGCUUGGAACGGAGGUGACCAUUUCCAAGCUCCAGGAAAGGACCGACUUGGAGAUCAGAGGGAUAGACCCUGACGUAGAGGGAGAGGAGAUCCUGUCCGCUGUCUGUGCCGAAGUAAAAUGCCCAGAGAAUGAAAUCCGACUAAAAAUUCUUAGAACAGAUCCUCGUCGUAAUAAAGUAGCCGUGGUCGAGGGUCCUGCGGCUGCCCUUAAUACCUUAAUUGAUAAAGGGAAAAUUAAAGUGGGAUGGACUAUCGCAAAUGUGAGAGAAAUACCUCGGAUAUUGCGAUGUUUUAAAUGUCAUGCGCUCGGGCAUGUUGCGGCGGCGUGUAAGCGCUUCCCUGCACCUGAUUUCGUCCUUUGUAGGCGAUGCGGAGCCGUAGGGCACAGCCUUCGUGAAUGUAAGGAAGAGCCUCGCUGUAGGCUUUGCCUAGAAAAAGGGGCUAGUGUGGAUAACGUUAACCACGUGGCUGCCUCAGUGAAAUGCCCUAUAUAUAAAGAAGCCGUUAGGUGGGGGAUUGCGAAGCCGACUUGGUGGUGAUCUCGGAGCCCUUUAGAAUCCUGGAAGAUUGGUAUACUGACCAGACUGGACGUACGGCGAUUUUCGUGACUAGAAAGGGUGGUGCUUCCAACCCUGGGA